ACCUGAGACACAAAUAAGAAGAGAGAUUUGAAACUGACAGAACAACUUUAUGUCAACAAAAUGCAAAUUAGGAAUUGUUUUGCUGUUUAUUUUAGCAGGAUAAAUAAAGAAAGCACCCCAUAGCCCUACAAGGACAAAGGUUCAGAGGAUGAGCGAGGGGAUUACAAGAACGGGAACAGUCAGAAGACACAUCUGACCUGCGACGCGUCGCCUGCUUCCGGUCACGGUCAGGACGAAGAAGGUUGAAGUAUCAUUUAACUAAGAAUGGCGUCUCGCGGCAAAUCGGAAACUGGAAAGUUGAAGAAAAAUAUGGAAGAACAGUUGGACAGACUGAUGCAACAGCUUCAGGACCUGGAGGAAUGCAGGGAAGAACUGGACGAGGAAGAGUAUGAGGAGACGAAAAAGGAAACCCUGGAACAGUUGAGUGAAUUCAAUGACUCCUUGAAGAAGAUCAUGACAGGAGACAUGACACUUGUGGAUGAACUUGGUGGAAUGCAACUGGCAAUCCAGGCUGCUAUCAGCCAGGCAUUCAAAACCCCAGAGGUGAUCCGGCUUUUUGCGAAGAAGCAGCCGGGGCAGCUGAGAACCAGACUAGCAGAGAUGGACCGCGACGUCAUGGUGGGGAAACUGUCACGAGAUGUGUACACGCAGCAGAAACUGGAAAUCCUCACGGCUCUGAGAAAACUGGGAGAGAAGCUCACUGCAGAGGAUGAGAUUUUUCUGACUGAAAAUGCAACAGCUACACUCAGCCAGUUUGAAAAAGUGACAGCAAACCUUGGGUCAGAAGACAAAAUCAUGGCCUUGGCUAGUUCUGGUGUUAAAACCAAAGUGUAGUAAUUGAACAGACCUUUAUUUUAACUCAGUGUCUUUAAGGUUCUAGGGUGCCCUCUGAUCAUUACUGUUGUAAAUAAUCAGUGCACUUCUCUGUUGCUGUAGAUAACACUUUUAACAGUAUUGUUUUAUACCUCUUGACUUUUGUAAAUGUCUUUUAUCGUCCUGAUAAGUGUGCAAUUGUAUUCUAGCAAGUGUCUGUUUAAUUCAAUGACGUUAAUGAAUGUAAAGGCACUUCAUAAGACGUUUCCUGCUGUCAUUCCUGCUGUUGGUCUGUUUUGAUCUCAAGUUCUACAUAUCAUCCAGAUGUAAUUCUACUUUAAAUAGAAUGUGCAGUGAUUUGGACAAAAUGACCGCAGGAAACCCUAAAGUAACGCAAUGACACAAAUGCAUUUGAAAGCUACUUUUUCACAUUAAAUGUUGGUGCUAUCUAAAUAUCAGGAUGAAAACAGGUAUGGUUAUGUUUCUCAACAGUUUGACUGCAACAUUAGAUUUAGAUUUGUUAAAAACUGUCUCAUGAGACUGAGUUUGAUGAAUAGUCAGUGUGAUCAUAUGAGGAACAUCAGGUCAGUUGACAGAACCACAUGACAUGUGUUGUCAUUCAAACUGAAGAUGACUGCAUGGAAAAAACCCUGGAAUUCCUCCAGGCACUGAGAUGCAGGACGACACAAAUUAUUGCAUAUGAGAAUACACAGAAUGUAGGUUCAGUGUUUUUGUGUAUUGUCAGCUGUUUCGAUCGUUUUGUCUGCCCUCUGUAAGAACUGCUGCAAUAAUUAAUUGCAAUAUUGAAUUUUAAUUCAUCUUCAAAUUAAAUGGUUCAAAUGAUUUACAUCCUCGUGACACAUUUACAGCAUCAGUUUCAUUGAUGCAAAUUUAAUAAUAAUAAAUUUCUAUAUUAAAAUCAAGAAAUAGAAAAAAACAUUUUUUUCUACCAGUUGUUUUUACCUCUUGAAGGCUUCAGUUAUUAUGAUUUCCACCACCAGAGGACACCAACAUUCAAGACAGGGUGAUUCCCACCAACCUAGUGGUUGAGCAGUGAGCAGUAAGUGAAACCAAACAGACGCCUCUUCUUACCGUCCUUUAUUUUGUUUACGAGCAAGCAUCAACUUCACUACAAUUUGCCUUUCAAUUGGUAGAAAAGUGAGAGCAGCUCCAACAAGCACAAAGGAAGCAUUCAACUAGUCUGAAAACAUUGUGACCUUCCAUUUUGAGCAAAUUUUAAAAAGAAAACAAAAAUAUAUAUAUUUAUAUAUAUCUGGAGUGUUGUGGCCUUGUGAAACAGACAAUCUGAGAAUCAGUAGUGUGUCACGUCUUCCUUCCACACUUCAGUCUCACAAACCCCACAUGGAACGUACAUAAAUCUGUGGUUCAUGCGAAGUAAAUUCCCCUUAUAGCUUAGUGUUAUUACAGUAUGGCUGCAUUUCAUUUUGUUAGGCAGUGACAUUCAUUUCAACCAAUGGACACUUAACUCAGGAGCCGCACACAACGUACAGAACCCAGGAAACUGGAGACGCCGUCGUCGCUGAGGAGACGCGACUCCAGAGUCGGCGCGUGCGCACGGCGGUGGCCCACGCUAUUGUACUUGAAGCUGCAGAUGAAACGUGGACAGUGAGAGUCUGACAGAAUGAAACCGUGAGAAUUUUCGAGCCGACAGCCUUAUACACUUGUGAAUUUCAUGCUGCCCUCAAGAUCAUUUCUCAACAACUCCGGCAACAGGACACUGUUCAAAAUUACCCUCCACUAUACACACACACACACACAGGUCAGUCAACGGUAUAUCCAGCUAUGCUGCCAAAGCAAUUCAUUAUGUACUGUACAUAUUCUUAAAGGUGGAGUCUGUCAAUAUGAUUUAGUACAAUAUCUAUAGAAGAUACAAUAUGAAUCUACUUCCUCUACACAUCAACAUGGACACAUGACAUCUAUGUAAAACAUUUUGUCACUUUUAAUAAAACUAGUGGUGGACUAUAGUUACAACAAACUGAAAGAACAAGCAAUCCCCAGCUCGGUAACAAAACUAGCAUGAAACAAACAAACAAAAAAAAAGAAAA